AUGAAAAUUAAUGCAUACAAAAUGGGAACUAUAACUGUUUCGACUUAUGAAAAUAACGGUGCUUUGGACAUUAAUACAUGUUUGGAAAAAUAUACAGAAAUUCUUGCAUAUAUUAAAGAGAACUUUACAAAAUCACACGAAAAUUUAGGCGAAUGCAGAAAAUUGAAUAAAUAUAUAAUCGAUAAAAGUAAUGAAUUAAAUGGAUGUAAUAUAGGAGGGGGGUUAAUACUUGAUUUACAUGAUGAUAGUCAAAUAAAGAACAUUAAACUAAAAUGUGAAAAAUUUUCUGAAGAUACUAGUAAUCCUGCUUUUCAUGAACAACAGGAUACUAAGUUAAAACGUGAAGAAGGCCUAUCUGAAGAAAGCAAAGAAAUUGAAUCAGAAAGAAAACAUGCAGAAGAAGUUGUAUCACAACAAAAAUGUGGUAAAGCCCUCCCUGUACAUAAUAUAUUAGAACAACAACGUACCGGAGAAGAUGGAAAAAUCCAAAUUGAAUCAUAUGGAUCAACGAAAGGACAAGUAUUGCCUCAGGAGCAGCCUGAUGUAAUUUUGCAUGCGAGGGAAAUUGGUACUCCUGAAGAAAAAUCACGAACAAAAUUGAGUGAACAUUCUGGUAAAUCUGGACAUGAAGUAAAAGAGCCACAACCUUUAUCUGUCUCAUAUUACCAAGGAACUUCUGAAGUAGAUUUUUGUCAAUAUAAUACUUCUUCGCACUGUAACCUUGAAGGGAAAUCAGGUGAUGUUGGGGUUCCACAAGCAAACGCUGUAAAAAAAGGUUUUCUUCAAAGUAAUCCACAUAGCGAUAACACUGCAGUUUUUAGCACCGUUCCCAUGGAAAACCUUCGUGAUAAACAUGAUGACAUACAAAAUGCUUAUCGUCAAGAUAUUAUUACAAAAUCAUGUAAUGACCUAACGCUUUCUGGAAGCACUCGCCCUGCAGAUCACGGUGAUGAUGGUCCUUCACAAAAAGAUACCGAUGAAACAAAUGUCAAUCAAAUAGGCAUCUGUCUCGGGAACAGUUGUACAUUAAUUAAUGAUACUUUGUGUCCUGACAUUGCGAACCUUGAUAGUGUAACCACUAAUGGUGUCCCUUCUGAUGCUCAAUGUACUAAUUAUUGCAAGCCUCGAAGUGAAGACACGGAUUAUCGAAAUUCUAGUAAUGGACUUAUUAGUAUCAUAAGCAAUUCUUCUAAAUGUGAUGCUUCCGAAAGUUCUGAUAGUAUAACUCCCCUUAUCGAUGAUCACGGUAAGAUACAAAAUAUCUCUAUGAAUCAUAAUUAUUAUUUCCCAUUUGAGAAGGCAAUUCAUCAUACAACUAAAAAUACAUAA